AUGAAAAUAUACGACGAAAGCAAAAUUAAACCAAAUGACCCUUUACGGGAGCAAAAAAUAGAAGCCUUAGCGAAUAUUGAAGAGUUAAAUAAGGAUUUGAAACGGGAUAGCGGAGUAAUCGAAAAAUAUAUACCUAUUAUCAUCCAAGAAGCAUGUGGUAGCGAGGAAGAUUUGAUAGAAAAAAUUAUUAAUGGUCAGAGUGAAGAAGAGAUAAAAAUCAUUGAAGUUAAAAUUAAUGAAGCAUUGAAGAGACAUGGUUGGGAACUAAAUUCUUAUAAGAGGAAAGAGGAAGGGGAUAAAUUAUUAGCAAGGUUAAAAAACGAUUUGGUAAAAUUUGAUGAAGCAGUGCCGGAGAUUUAUCAUGCUUAUGAUGAUGGUGAUUAUUACUUUGUAAAAACUGCCAUCAACAUGAUGAGGGAUAGUUUAUUAGUAAACAUUAGAGAUUGUGAAGCGAGGAUAGAAAAAAGCCAAGGAGAUUCGGAGCAACAAAAAAAAGAUAAAAAAGCAUCCCAAGAGGGGGAGAAAAGUAGUAGUGUGGUGGUGAAUGGUAGUGUUUUCAUGUUGAACAAAACGAAGCAUUUUGGCUCAACUUUAACCAUAGAAACCUUUCGAGAAGAAUUAGAACGGGAAAUUAAUCAGGUUAAGAACCAAAAUGCUUCAACGGCUAAUAGUAGCGAUACCAGUGAUGGUUAUAGCGAAGUAAGUUCAGAAACUGAUAAUAGUUCGGUUGGUUCGGCUGACAACCAUAAUGAUAAUAAAAAACCAUUUGAUAGAAAUAAACCCGAAUUUGCCGCCAGCAGUUCCGAUGAAAUCUAUGACAUUGGCAUGGAGACCAAAAUUGCUAUUAGAAUGAAAAGAAAAAUUAAGCAAAAAAAUGUUGACUUAGAUGCUAUUUUGGAAGAGACAGGAGAAGAAGAAGCCUUGGAACUGGAAGCCAAAAAUAAAGUCUUAGCCGCCGAAUUAGAAACCAUUUCCGAGUUAGAAUAUAAUGAAGAAGAACAACAAUUUUUAGCCGGACAGAUUACUGACCAGCAAAAAAAAGAAGAAAUCGCUCAGCGAAUUGAAGCUAAAUUGUUAAAGAAAAACAAUAAGGUGGGAUUCGAGAAGAAAGUGAAGCAAAUUAAACAGGAAAUCAAAAAUGCGGAAAAUAAUUCUAAUUUACAUGUUCAACAAGCCUUUAAACAUGCUAAAAAUAAAGCUGAAGCCUUGUUAAGGGAUUUAGAGAGUAUUACCAGUGAUAAUUCUAAUCCUGCUAAAAAUAAUAAUUUUCCCACUAGUUGA